UUUUUUUUUAACACAAAAUAUAUUUAUUUUAGUUUUUGCACCAUCCACAGAGCGUAUGUGUGGUUGUAUAUUUUUAAGUUAAUAAUAGAAAUUUGAAAGCAAGAAGAAAAAGAAAUUUGUCGUUAAGAUGAGCGGCGGGAGAUUUGAUUUUGAUGAUGGCGGGGCGUACUGCGGUGGUUGGGAAGGCGGAAAAGCCCACGGACAUGGCAUUUGCACAGGUCCAAAAGGUCAAGGAGAGUACUCUGGCUCGUGGAAUUAUGGAUUCGAGGUGGUGGGGAUUUAUACGUGGCCUAGUGGCAAUAUGUUUGAAGGAUACUGGUCUCAAGGAAAAAGGCACGGAUUAGGAAUUGAAACAAAAGGACACUGGGUAUACAAAGGUGAAUGGACACAUGGGUUUAAAGGAAGAUACGGCGUUAGACAAAGUAUUAGCAGUGGAGCAAAGUAUGAAGGGACGUGGAAUAAUGGAUUACAAGACGGGUAUGGCACAGAAACGUACGCAGAUGGAGGAACCUACCAGGGACAAUUCACUAAUGGCAUGCGGCACGGCUAUGGGGUUCGUCAAAGUGUACCAUACGCAAAUGCUACUGUGGUUCGAUCACCUCUCCGCACCUCCCUAACCUCACUUCGAAGCGAGCACAGCAAUGGGAUGGUGCAGCAUGACACCAUCUCUGUAUCUCCAGAUAAUAUAGUUUCUCCCACUAUCACCAGGGGUGGUUUCGCCCUUUCGCUCUAUUCGGACACUGAAUCCCUCAAGGGGAAGAAAAAAGGCUUUUUCAGAAGAGGUUCUUUGUUGGGUAAGCUUAGGAAAACAGAUUCAAAUACUUCUCUUUCCUCUCAAAGAAGCAAACUAAGCUUCUUGAAGAGCGAAAGCGGGAUGAGUUCUGCAGCAAGUGACACCAACUCAACCGUGAGUUUUGGUGAUGGGAUGGAACCUGAAGAAUUUCCACCGAUGGACUCAGAUAUCGAGCUUACAACCACUGAGACUUACAAUGGCGAAUGGAAGAAUGACAAACGAUCUGGCUUUGGAAUUAGCGAACGCUCGAAUGGGUUAAAGUAUGAAGGAGAAUGGCUGGACAAUUUAAGACAUGGCUACGGCUGUACGACGUUUACAGACGGACGGAAGGAAGAAGGAAAGUAUAGGAACAAUAUUUUAAUUAAGGGAAUGAAGAAGCGAGUGAUACCAUUAAAGAGUGCAAAGAUUAGGCAGAAAGUAGACAGAAGUAUUGAAGGAGCACAGAGGGCAGCAGCUAUCGCUCGGCAAAAGUCGGAGAUCUCAGCUUCCAGGACAGCUCAUGCUAAGGCAAAAGCAGACGGGGCAGAGCAGGCGGCCGUCCUGUCUAACAAUGAAUCCAGCAUUGCAAGAACAAUGGCCAGGGAGCUCUCUCCGGACUUUUACCAACCAGGUCCUGAGUACAUUAAAAGAAAGUUGCUUCAAGAGAUAAUGGAAAAUGCAGACCAAAUGGAGCCAAAAGAACCAUCAGCCUCAAAAGAACCACCUCCAACACCUCCAGAAAGUCCCCAUCAUCAAGACAAUCAACCUUCUCCAAGAGAUACUUCCCCGGUUCGAACACCAUCUCCGACCUUGGCUGAAACACCAUCAGAUGCAAAAAGAUUGAAGCAGAGCUCAAGGAAAGAGAAGUUAUUGACCCCAGGCAAUUUUAGUGGAGACCAGAAUCGAGGUGCAAGUCAUGUUGGAAGCAGAUCGACAACUCCAUCGAAUGUGAUGGCACAUGGUAACACUGGUAUUUCAACUUACAGUCCACUUAGGCAAACUCACCGAGUGAAUCCUGCAUAUGAUGCACAAAUGCAGUCUAUUCACAGACUACAAGAGAAAAUAGCUGAUACAGAUGUUGAAUUUCAUAAGGGAUAUCAUAGCUAUGCCGUACGGACAUCACCGGUGACUCCUCCAGUAGAAUACGAAGAGAGAGAAGCAUUCCCAUCACCUACAGCAUCACCGAAAACAGGGACCCCAGAUCUGAAAGAACAUGUAAAAGAAUCUUCGCAAGAAAGGAAGGCCAUGGCAGAACCACUUAAGAAAGCAGAACCUAGCAAAGAAAUCAAAGCAGAAGUAAAAGCAGAAGUAAAAGCAGAGAAACCCCAGACCAAGACAGUCUCCAAAGCUGAUGCUAGAAGUGACAAUACUGAAACAAAAAAAGAACAGAUUUAUGAGACCAAAGUAGUCCAGAAACCUGAGCCCAAGACAAUACAGAAACCAAUUGCAUUGAGACCAGAGCCUAAAGCUGCACCAAAACCAGCACCCCAAAAACCGGAAACAAAGUCUGGACCCAAGACUGAGUCUAAAGCAGUGGCAAAAUAUGAAGCAAAGAGUGUAGCUAAAAAAGGUGCCCAAAGUGCUUUGGUGGCAAGUACACAAGAGGAAUCGGAGGAGAGACCCGAUAUCAUUAUGAUCUGCAUGGUGAUUUUAUUGAAUAUUGGCUUGUCCAUCCUAUUUGUACAUUUGCUGACAUGAAGCAAUGACGAAAGUUUAUAAUGAAUACCAUGGAUCUCUCGAAGCUGCCUUUCAGAAAGAUCACACGGAGAACCGUCUGAAAGAGGAAAAGUCGUUUUGUACCUUGACAAAGAAAUAAAGGCGCUGAGAGUCGUGGAUAAUGAACAGAAAUUCAAUUCUUCACAUAUGCCUGUUUCGUUCAAGCAAUGACAGGAAACAGACUACCGAUACUUCUUCUAUGAGGUGUCGCACCACACUGUGAGGUUAAACUGGCCUUGUUGGCAAAUAAAGAAUUUGUUUAUCAAUA